UGAUCUGAGUCUCUGUCGUCUGUCUGUGUGAGAGUGAACAACCGUCCAAAUGGCUCAACAGGGAGUUCUGCUGGACCAGGACCAGUUCUGUUGUUCUGUCUGUCUGGAUCUACUGAAGGAGCCGGUCGCUAUUCCCUGUGGACACAGUUACUGUAGGAGCUGUAUUGAGGGCUGCUGGGAUCAGGAUGUUCUGAAAGGGGUCUAUAGCUGUCCUCAGUGCAGAGAGACCUUCACUCCAAGGCCUAAUCUGAGGAAAAAUAACAUGUUGGCUGAGCUGGUGGAGAAACUGAGGAAGACAGGACUCCAGGCUGCUCCCCCUCCUGCUCUGUGCUAUGCUGGACCUGGAGAUGUGGCGUGUGAUUUCUGCACAGGGACCAGAAAGCAGAAAGCCCUCAUGUCCUGUCUGGUGUGUCUGGCCUCUUACUGUGAGACUCACCUCCAACCUCACUAUGAAUUUCCUGCUUUGAAGAAGCACAAGCUGGUCAAAGCCACCGCACAACUACAGGAGAAGAUCUGCUCUCAUCAUGACAAACUGCUGGAGGUUUACUGUCGUACCGAUCAGCAGUGUAUCUGUUAUCUGUGUACAAUGGAUGAACAUAAAGGCCAUGAUACAGUGUCAGCUGCAGCAGAGAGGACUGAGAAACAGAGGCAGCUGGGGAUGAGUCAGCAGAAGGUCCAGCAGAGAUUCCAGGAGAGAGAGAAGGAGCUGAAGGAGCUCCAACAGGCUGUGGAGUCUUUCAAGCGCUCUGCACAGUCAGCAGUGGAGGACAGUGAUCAGAUCUUUACUGAGCUGAUCCGCUCCAUUGAGAGAAGGAGCUCUGAGGUGAAGGAGCUGAUCAGAGCCCAAGAGAAGGCUCAAGUGAGUCAAGCUGAAGGACUCCUGGAGCAACUGAAGCAGGAGAUCGCUGAGCUGAGGAAGAGAAGCACUGAGCUGGAGCAGCUCUCACACACAGAGGAUCACAUCCAUUUCCUCCAGAGGUAUCAGUCUCUCUCCAGUAUCAGUGUAUCUUCAGACUUACCCAGCAUCGUUGUCCGUCCUCUUCAGUCCUUUGGAGAUGUGAGUCAGACUGUGUCUGAACUGAGAGAGAAACUAGAAGACUUCCUUAAAGGAGAAUGGACCAAGAUCUCCACUACAGUGAAUAUAGUGGAUGUUGUACUGCCUCCAGAGCCCAAGACCAGAGAACAGUUGUUACAAUAUUCCUGUCAGCUCACACUGGACCCAAACACAGCAGGCACACUCCUCUCUCUGUCUGAAGGGAACAGAAAGGUGACCAGUACAGUCCAAGUCCAACCAUAUCCUGACCAUCCAGACAGAUUCACCAACUACUGGUGGCAGGUUCUGUGUAGAGAGGGUCUGUCUGGACGCUGUUACUGGGAGGUGGAGAGGACUGGUGGUGUUGCUACAGCAGUCUCAUAUAAAGACAUCAGCAGAACAGAGAAGGGUAAUGAUGGUGUAUUUGGAGACAAUAACAAGUCCUGGAGUUUAAAGUGCUCUAGUGAUGGUUAUUGUUUCAGACACAAUAAUGUUGUGACUAAAGUAUCAGGCCCUCAGUCCUCCAGAGUAGGAGUGUACCUGGAUCACAAGGCAGGUACUCUGUCCUUCUACAGUGUCUCUGACACAAUGACCCUCCUCCACAGAGUCCAGACCACAUUCACUCAGCCCCUCUAUCCUGGGUUUGGGAUUGGAUUUUGUUUUGGUCUCACUGUUACUGCUGAGCUGGUUAAACUGUAGUAGGGUCCACAUAGAUACUAGUCAUGCUGGUGUAGUCUAUAGCUGAGCUGGUUAAACUGUAGUAGGGUCCACAUAGAUACUAGUCAUGCUGGUGUAGUCUAUAGCUGAGCUGGUUAAACUGUAGUAGGGUCCACAUAGAUACUAGUCAUGCUGGUGUAGUCUAUAUCUGAGCUGGUUAGACUGUAGUAGGGUCCACAUAGAUACUAGUCAUGCUGGUGUAGUCUAUAGCUGAGCUGGUUAGACUGUAGUAGGGUCCACAUAGAUACUAGUCAUGCUGGUGUAGUCUAUAGCUGAGCUGGUUAGACUGUAGUAGGGUCCACAUAGAUACUAGUCAUGCUGGUGUAGUCUAUAGCUGAGCUGGUUAGACUGUAGUAGGGUCCACAUAGAUACUAGUCAUGCUGGUGUAGUCUAUAGCUGAGCUGGUUAGACUGUAGUAGGGUCCACAUAGAUACUAGUCAUGCUGGUGUAGUCUAUAGCUGAGCUGGUUAGACUGUAGUAGGGUCCACAUAGAUACUAGUCAUGCUGGUGUAGUCUAUAGCUGAGCUGGUUAGACUGUAGUAGGGUCCACAUAGAUACUAGUCAUGCUGGUGUAGUCUAUAGCUGAGCUGGUUAGACUGUAGUAGGGUCCACAUAGAUACUAGUCAUGCUGGUGUAGUCUAUAGCUGAGCUGGUUAGACUGUAGUAGGGUCCACAUAGAUACUAGUCAUGCUGGUGUAGUCUAUAGCUGAGCUGGUUAGACUGUAGUAGGGUCCACAUAGAUACUAGUCAUGCUGGUGUAGUCUAUAGCUGAGCUGGUUAGACUGUAGUAGGGUCCACAUAGAUACUAGUCAUGCUGGUGUAGUCUAUAGCUGAGCUGGUUAGACUGUAGUAGGGUCCACAUAGAUACUAGUCAUGCUGGUGUAGUCUAUAGCUGAGCUGGUUAGACUGUAGUAGGGUCCACAUAGAUACUAGUCAUGCUGGUGUAGUCUAUAGCUGAGCUGGUUAGACUGUAGUAGGGUCCACAUAGAUACUAGUCAUGCUGGUGUAGUCUAUAGCUGAGCUGGUUAGACUGUAGUAGGGUCCACAUAGAUACUAGUCAUGCUGGUGUAGUCUAUAGCUGAGCUGGUUAGACUGUAGUAGGGUCCACAUAGAUACUAGUCAU